AUGCCCAGAACACACCUCGCACCCCCAUCCCUUCGCAAAGAGACUGAAGAUUGGGAAGAAUGGGAGGAUGACGACGUCACUACACCGAUCGAGCCGGUAGAGCAAGUCCAGAUGGAAACUCAGGCUGCCACUCCCGGCUCAAAAUCAAACAACCGAGCAUCAAAACAGCCAGUCGUCAAAGUCAAGAGACUAAAAUCACGACAUCGCCAAAAGGCUCAAAACGCCAAGGCUGGAAUCAAGCUGAUCACCGACAUGGCCACUCUGGGACGCCAGAACCGGGGUACAGUAUGGACACCGGAUAGCAGGCCUCCCAAGUUCGUUGAUGCUGCUGCUUUGAGAGCAUUGGAGGGUGAACCGACCUCGGCUUCGGUUGGAAACUGGAACUGGUUCAAGAAGAACAAGGGAGGAAGUCCACAAUCAGCAGCCCCUCCAGCUUCAGCCCUGACUCUAGGCAAUGGCGUCUCUCCAGACGGCCAACACAUCAUGAUUGGCCUUUCCAUUGAUCAAAAUGAUCAGCAGAUAUAUGCAAACAAUAACAAUAACAGCACGAAUACAACAACCCAAACACCCGAUAUUCGCGGCCCAUCCUCAGGCAUGACCUCAACGGAGCACCUGAUCUCUGUCUGGUCCCCAGAUACUCCAACUCCAGACACCACCUCCUCUCACACUUUCCGUGCAGUGUCAAGUGUGUACUCGCAGAUCCCGAACCCGGCGCGCAUAGUGCCAUCAGUUGAUCCUGAAGCGCCCCCGGUUCCCCUUCUUCCGAAGACUUACAAGCACAUGUCUGUGCAAAGGGUGAAGAGCAUGGAGGCUACCCCGAACACUGCUGAAGAUGAUGAUGCCGGAACCCCUUGCACCCUCUUUGAGGAGGAUGCAAGCCCAGUUCCAAAGAAACAAGCCGUUCAGCCAAAAUCACCCCCCCUUCCCCUGAAAGCCUACAAUUCAACACUCACCCCGGAUAGCGCCGCUUCAAAAUCCCGUGGCUGGUGGGAUCAUGUCGUCACUCCAUUCAUGGAUAGCAAGAGAUUUACCUUCUCGACCCAGGUGGUGAAGGCCGAUUCCCCUAGAUUCGAAUCCCCUUCCGAACACAGCCCCAGCCCGCCUGUCAGGGAGAUGGAUAUGGACGAGAAGCGAAUCAUCUCAGACUUUCUAGCUGUGCCAGUUCCUUCCGCUGGCAAGCCCCCCAGCAUCAAGGUGCCGACUCCCAGGCGAAGCCCAUCACCCCGCCUAGUCGACACCCGAGAUGAGAGCCCUGGCCAAUCUUCAACUCAGACAAGCCCCGUCACUUCUGAUAGCGCGUUGGGCUCUGUACAAAAGGCUUUGUUCGACUCGCCAAACCCCAGUCUUGCCGACCAGCCACCCCCCUAUUCACCUCCCAAGAAGAACGGACCAGCACCUGUUAGAUACCGGGCUGUGUUCCCACCUGGCCACUUUCUCCAUGCUCAGUUUCCGCCAUCACCAAGACCCCAGACUCCUGGGUCGGCGGGUCUCGGAGCUACAAUGACGUCGCAGGGCGCCACUCCAAUGUUAGACGUCCCCAUCACGCCAACGGUGCCACGCGACAUGCCGGAAGCCCCUCCGAUGCCCUUGCCAAACCGACCUGCGGGAACGUUUGUUCCUCAGGAGCACUCUCUUGGGGCUACCGGUUCGGAAAAUAAGGUUGAGCGCCAGCGUCGCCGUCAUGAGAAAGAGGAGGUGGUAGCUAGGCGUGUCGGUGGAUGCUGGAGAGGACGGGGUUGCGUGCCCAAGAGCGGGUGCUUUGGCCGAGCAGGCGCAGAAGGCCGUAAGAGACGCAGGGCAUGGCUCGGCGUCAUCAUUGCUGCUAUACUCGCCCUCAUCCUCAUCAUUGUGCUCUCAGUGAUGCUCACUCGUCCCCACAGUCAAGAGGUCCAUUCGAUCUGGGUCAACCUCACAGACUUCCCACCAAUGCCGACUGGUGUUCUGACUUUCGAGGGGCCUGAUAACACGGCUUCCAGGAGUGGUUGUACUGAGCCUUCUACGCUCUGGAGUUGCUCGCUGCCCAAAGAACAGCAUGAUUCAGUUUCUCCUUUCAAGCCGAACCAGCCUACAAUCAUUAUGCAAAUCCAAUGGGAUAAUAGCACUCAGAAAUCCUGGAACGUCCCCAACGGCGAUGCCCCCAAAUCUGUUGCAAGGAGAGCCUUGGGAGGGCCGGCUCAUGCGGCAAGCGUACUCCGGACACGAGAGACGAACAAGUUCACCCCCAGCCCCGAAGCUCCUGACUACAAGGAAAUGUGGUUUUUGGGCGAAACUACGGACAAUGUUACUGCCACGGAGAAGGCCGGGGAACCCGCGCCUUUCUAUAUCAGUAUCCUCGAUGACGCGAGCAAGCCGGUGGAAAACCCAGUGCUUAGCAAAAGACAGACAACAAUCGGCGAUGGAAAUUUCAUCAAGAAUUACAUCUCAGCACCCGACCUGCUCGAGGAUGGCACGCCCGCUCCGGCGGUAUUGUUUCCCAAACCUGUUCAGCAGCCCGUGAGACUGUAUGACAGAGGGCUUUCUACUGAACGCUAUGCAUUUUACACAUACUUUAAGAGGACCAUCUACCUCAAAUCUACCGCAGCGAACAACAGAACCGAAGAACCCGUUCCCCUUGACGAGGAGGGAGGGUGUGCCAAGACAGAAGCCAACUACUUGGCCACUUGGUCGCAGACGCGUAUGCUUGUGCAGAUAUGGACGAAGAGAUUGGACCAAAAUAACGUCAAACUGCUUGGAAAUGGCAGCCGCAGCAGUAGUGAGGAAUCAGAUGGCCUCAGUCGUCCUGGGACAAUGCCAUAUCCUGUCACCGUCACAUUGGAUACGCAUGGUGGAAACCAAUCGUCCUGCGACGACACGGGCGUCGCCAUCCUCACCCGCAACCAUGACGGGAGCCCCGAUAGCAAGGGCCCUGCGUACUCCCUGCCCUUCAACGAGUUCAUAUCCUCCGACCACCGCGAGUUCCGAGGCAUUGAGCCCCUCGUCGCCGUAAAGGGCCACACCAGCUCGCUCGCGCCGCUCCUGCGCAGAGCUGUACACCACCUCCCCGACGCCACGGACGCGGACGUCACAAGCUCAAGGGAAGGCUCGAAGAGUAGUAAGAUAUGCUGGACGGAGGACGGCAGGCCGAAGAAGGUCCCCGACUUCGUGUCCGUGACGCGGGGGCCCGGGAACAUGUCCAACCUGUCCGUCGGCCUCAACACGGCCAAGGGGCUCGCCGUCGCCUGGGACGUCCCCCUCGUCGGCGUGCACCACAUGCAGGCCCACGCCCUGACGCCCAGACUGGUGAGCGCGCUGGGGAUGAAACCGGCCGCUGACACCGGCGGCAGCAAGAGACCGGCCCGCGGCUCAAGGGGGACCACCAAGCAGCAGCAGCAAACCUCCAGCAGCGGCAGCACAUCACCAGAGUUCCCCUUCCUCUCCCUCCUCGUAUCCGGCGGCCACACCCAGCUCGUCCACUCCAGAUCCCUGACCGACCACCGGAUCCUCGCGUCCACCCUCGACGUCGCCCUCGGGAACCUCCUGGACCACGCCGCCCGCGAGAUCCUCCCGCCAGACGUCCUGGCCGCCGUCCCGGACGUCAAGUACGGCCGGCACCUCGAGGCCUUCGCCUUCCCCGGCGGCGGCACCCAGGACGAGUACGCCUUCUACCCGGUCCCCACCGCCCGCGCCUACGAGCUCGCCAGCCUCGACUCGGGCUACGACUGGUUCCUCCCCUGCCCCAUGGCCAGGGACCGCAAGCUCGCCUGGUCCUUCUCCGGCCUCGGCUCCUCCGCCUCCAACAUCGUCGCCCAGAUCUCCGCCUCCCACUCCUCCUCCUCCUCCUCCUCCUCAUCACCGUCCGCAGAGGUCGAGGAGCGCCGCGCCCUCGCCCGCCACACCUUCGCCGCCGCCUUCCGCCACCUCGCCGGCCGCAUCGUCCUCGCCCUCGAGGACUGCCGGGACCUGAAUCCCCCUCCCGCCACGCUCGUCGUCGCCGGCGGCGUCGCCUGCAACCGCUUCCUCAUGCACGUGCUGCGCAGGACCCUCGCCGCCCGCGGGUACGGGCGCAUGCGCAUCGUCGUGCCCCCGCCCGCCCUCUGCACCGACAACGCCGCCAUGAUCGCGUGGGCCGGCAUGGAGAUGUACACAGCGGGGUGGCACACCGACCUGUCCGUCCUGGCCAUCAGCAAGUGGCCCAUGGACCCGGACCGGGGAGAGGGCAUUAUGGGUGCCCCGGGAUGGCUGAAGAGAUAG